AUGGCCACGCCUACAGACCCUCAAGCUGCAGCACUUCUAUACCACGUUGUUGCUCAGAUGCAGCAGAAUGUAGAUUUCCUUGUCUCCCAGAACUAUAUCUCGUCUGCAGACGCCUCGAACAUUAUUUCUAGGCUGCCAUCUAGUGUUCACGGGGGGGCAGCAUCUCCGCGAGGUAUAUUGUCUUCGUUUUCUGUGCGAAAACGUAGCGUCCCAUCGACCCCUGCGCGCGCCAAUCAAGCGCGCGCGUUGUGGGCGUAUAACCAAGGUGGACAGGACCCGAGUGAUCUCUCGUUUUCUGAAGGGGACAUUAUAGAAAUUGUUUCUGAGACCAACGCAGAUUGGUGGACUGGAAGGGUGAACGGCAAGGAGGGAUUAUUUCCCUCUAACCACGUCGAAAAAAUCGCCGUAAACUCCCCCGCGCCGCCAUAUAACGUGCAGUCUGCCGUUGGCGCUAACCAUGCAUUUGAGAAGCCUGUAUAUAAGCCUUUCAUGGCCGCGCACCACGGGAUCGACCAGCCUCCUCCGCCUAACGGCUCGACGAACUCAAUUGGUCUGCAACAAGCGGCGGGACAAGAAGAAAAAAAGGCCAAAUACGGCGCGCUCAAGAACACAAUGGCACACUCCGCUGCCGCUGGCUUGGGCGCGGGAGCAGGUAAAUCUCUUUCUCACAUCUUCCAAUAUAUACUGAUGCACCCUCAUCGCAACCUAGGUAUGGCACUCGGCGGGGGGCUUGUACGCAAGAUUUUGUGA